GCCGGUUGGCGGGCUGAAGAUGGCGGCCGUCUGGAGACUGUGCCGAGGAGCUGGAGCAGGUGGAUUGCUGCUGGCGAGGAGGCAGCCGAGCGCCCGCCACUUUCUUAGACGCUAUUUAAAUUUCAAACUGGAUGAGAAGACAGCCCACAGUUGCUUAGACCUUUUCAAAAAAGAGACAGGAGUCAUCUACCGCAUGAUUGGUAUCGACCCAAGUAAAGUGCCAAAAAACCCUGAGCGCUUCGGAGAGUGGGCGGUGGUCUUGGCUGACGUGACUCUUUCAGCUGGGAGACAUUACUGGGAGAUCACAGUGAAGCGGUCACAGGAGUUUCGAAUUGGGGUAGCAGAGGCAAACAUGUCACGAGAAGAAUGUAUAGGUGCCAAUGACUGCUCCUGGGUUUAUGCCUAUCUCCAGAGGAAAUGGUACUCCAUGACGUCCAAUGAGAUGGUGCCAGUUGACUUCUUUGGGAAGCCUGAUAGAGUGGGCUUACUCCUGGACUGUGAAGGCAGGAAGCUCAGUUUAAUAGACGUUGAGAAAGCUGCUGUUGUUAGCACAAUAAUGGCCGAGUUCAAAAUGCCGCUAGUUCCGGCCUUUGCACUAUGGGAUGGAGAGCUCUUAACACAUUCAGGCCUGGACGUUCUGCAAGGCAUCUGAAUCCAGGUCAAAAACAGAAAUACCUGGAAAAACUCAGCAGGUCUGGCAGCAUCGGUGGAGAAGAGCAAAGUUGACGUUUUGAGUCCUCAUGACCCUUCAACAGAACUAAGUAGAAAUAGGAAAGAGGUGAAAUAUAAGCUGGUUUAGGGGGUGAGGGGUGGGGGAGGAAGGGGGAAUCCAGCUGCCUGCUACCUGGACUUCAUUCUAUUCGCUGUACUUAGCGGUCAUUUUUAAGGAACCGGCUAUGUCCUACAUAGCCUCUUUCAACAUAGACAUAGGCUUUGAAGCAGUUACCCUUUAAACCCCUUGAAGCAUUACCGGAACCCUGUAUCCAUGUUCGUCCAGCUUUGAGCAAUAUGUGAUUACUGCUAUCAUUGUGAUCCAUGUAAUCUGCUGAGGUUACACAAGUAACGUUUCCUGUUUUUAAAAUGUGGCAGAGAACUUUGCAAAAAAGAGAAUUUGGUCCUUGUUGACAGUGAGAUGGCUUCAGUCUCUUGUUGGCCGGGUUCCAGUUCUGAUCUUGUGAAACUCUCCACAUUGGGUAAUUGCAUCACCAGCGCUCAAAGUGCCAAACAGUAACUAAGAGGAACCCUGUUACUGCAGCUCAAGAUUUAUUUGCUUUUUUGUCAAAACCCCAAGACCUGGAGCAAGGAGGUAAAUGGAACAACAGAGGGGACUGAGUUAUAAUUGAGUAUUCUAUCUGUAUUCUAAUACUUUAAUAAAAUGUUAAUGUACCAACAA